AUGGUUGAUCACGAUUAUGAUGAGUUGGACCAGGAGCCAGAUGAAGAAAAGGUCGUAGAGGAGGGGUGUAGUGAACCUCACCAGUUGGAAGCCCCAUCAAAUUUACGCAUGUUUCAAGGGGUGGAUACAGAAUACUUACGUGCCCUCGAGGAGGUAGUGAUCACCCUGAAGCUUCAACUCAUCAUGGCCAAGGCAAGGGCCACACGAGCCGAGCGAAAAGUAGAGGUAAUCACCCAAGAGGCGGAUGAACUGGCUGAACUUCUGGUGCGUCACAUCGACGAUUGA